ACAUGAUUUUGUUAUCAGUUCAGUACCAUUUGUUUGAUUUUGUGGACCCACGACUAGCCUUUAUCCAUGUUAGCUAGUUGCUAGCGAUGCUAGUCAGCAUAGGCUGCUACGUGAUAAACAGUUCGCGUCAGCGAAUUAGCUACCUAGCUAGCCAGCCUAACAAGCUGUCACAUCCAGUGGAAACCGAUGCAACCCUGCUGCCAAAUAAGGGCUAGCUCGAUGACCCGUGGCAACAGUGAGGUCCCCAUGAGUUUCAAGGCUUUAAUAAGUGCUGUCGUGCAGAAAAAGCGAAUAAAAUACUGGUUGAUGAGCUAGCUAAAUUAGCUAGCAAGACGGGUAUGACCGUUAACAGCUUGCAUGCACAAAUGCAUGACGACACAUUGUAUCUCAGUGAAGCAGGCAUGCAGAACGAGAUCGCCCCACCAAGCCAGAUAGUAGAGGGGUACAACAACGCCGGGACACAGAGGCAUAGCUCAUACAAUUAUAUUUUGUUCCAGACAAUACAUGUUGAAAAAUAAAUACCUGCGUCAAAUACAUGGAAUCGCAUGCUAGUGCAAAGAUCGCUUGCAUUAAUUAAAAAUAAUAAAAUCCGGUGACCACUAGAUGGACUCGUAUACCCACAUUUAGAUCAACUAUACUUGAUUUUUCAUCAGUACUGUGAAUGACAAGCCCACUGAAUCUAGUUUAAUAAUCUUUAUACUCAGCAGGUAGAGGCCUAGGUACUUCAAAUCAGUGCUUAAUUUGAGCAGGAUCAUGCCAGAACAGGAUCCGGCACCGUUCCGUUCUGGACUGUUUUGUUCCGGAACCUAUUUGGCCGAAUCCCGUGCCAUGAAAAAUAAUUUUCACUUUUUUCUAUGUAACAAUUGUAAUAAAAGCGAUCAAAGUUCAUUUGAGUUGCCUCUUCGUCAAUUAUCCUACCCACUCAUCUCUCCAGAGUUGCACUUCAUCAUUUGUUUCCUUAUAGAAUCAUAGCUGCAUGAAGGGUUCUGGAGGAAUUUUCUAAAGUUACGGAAUUACUGUUCAGAAAUAACUUGAAUCAUUCAGAAUAGCCUAAUACGUCAUGAGAAACCCUCUAAUUUAGCUACAGAGGACCAAUGGUCCCUUUUUUAAAAUAGCCUAGCUGCGGAUUGUAGCCCAAUAACAAAGAAUAGCCUACAGUCGGGAACGCGAGGCAAAUCUGUCAGUGAAAAAACAGCACGCAGACAAAACAGGUCUUUUGCAAUAUUUCAAAUACAAUCGAGGGGAAACACAGAUUGAAAAGCAAUGACUCUUGCUGAAAAGAUAAGACUAUGCUGUAGACUACCAAAAUAUUUGAUCAACUCCCAAACAUUGUUUUUACAAAACAGAGAGAGGGAGAGAUAGGCUUUUGACACGAGCGCAUCGACAAUCUCCAGCGAGUGAGCUGCGCAUCAUUGGGAUUACUUCCACGUGCAACUGUCAGACGACAAGUAGGUGAGGCACUUCCGGGAGCUGAGCUAUGCUGGUGCCAUCCUUCGGGACACCUGGGUCCUGACAGACGUUGGCAUCACCCCUAGCAGUGCCAUCUGCUGCCUGCUGAAGCGGGAGCCGGUGGUGCGUGUGUUCAGUACCGUGAUGGGGGAGACCCUCUCAGUCUCGGGCACUGUGUUUCUCCUGAGUACGUCUGUGGCCAGGCUCAUGACCCUGGUGUCCCAGCAGUGUGGGCUUCCCGUCAGCUCCUUCAGACUGAGCUCUCCCACCGGCCUGCAACUCUACGAUUGCAACCGGCUGCACGACUACGCCAUUGACCUGGGGGCUACUCUACGGUUGGACACCUGGGAUGGGUGGGCGGAGUUCCUCAGAGGCUGCUUCCUGGGACACAGACUGACCGUCCAACGACACCUGUCUAGGGAGAGACCUGUGAUGAGGUUCCAGCUCCGGGUGGCACUCUACAUCGCUGCUUCUCUGGGCCACCUGGACCUGGCCGGCUGGCUGCUGGAGAGGGGGGUGCGUGUCAUUGAGCCGGUGGGGGUUCACCCUUACCGUGAGUGGUGCCACCAGACGGCCCACCCCGACGUCACCAAGUGUCCCGCUGUCGCCUCCAUCGAGCGCGGCCAGCUCACCAUCCUCAAACUCUUUAUCGCCAGCAGCGUUCUGACCCUUGCCUGUCAGGAUCCCCAGGGUCGUGACCCCCUGAGGAUCGCCCUCCAGUACGGCCACAGAGAGUGUGUGCGUCACCUGGCCACCAAGCUGUGCUCUGUGGUGGUCCUCCCAGGUAUGGCCCUGCCCAUGCGGACAUACCUCCAGAUAAAGGGCUGGGUGAGGCUGGGGCAGAGGAGGGCAGCAUCCAGGCACUGCAUGGGCCUCAACACGGCUCCGUUCAGGACCAGGGUGGGCGACACGGCCCUGGUGGACGGCUUCACCCUCCCCAAGAUGUCCUCCAAGCCCAGGAGGAGUGAGGCCAAGGCGGGUAUCAGGGUGAUGUCCACAGCCUCUCGACGUUUGACCCCCAUCAACUGCCCAUCUCAUGUAUCCUGCCCGCUCCGCUCCCUGGCAUCCCAGGAUAAACCUCUUCAACUACCGAAGCUACACCCUGUGGCCACGAGGGAUGAAAGAGAGAAGAAGAGGGGAUGUGGAGGGAAGGGAUGUGAGGAGGAUGAGAGUGGGGAUCAGAACAGCAACCAAUGGAGGAGCAGAGUCCCGCUCCCACCCAUUUCCAGAGACACCAAUCUCAGACCUGUGUUUGCCUCGCCAAACUCCGCCCAGAUACUCACCACCUCACUGGAGGCCUUUUCUCUCCACUGCGACCGCACACCCAGAGAAAACGCCAUAUACUGUUUGGCCUUGGCCAGCAGGGGUCAUCUUCGGAGAGCCUGCACUUCCAGAUGGAGAAUUGGACAUGCAUGCAAGUUUGGAGAGAGAUCCUUGCAGGCUGUCCUGCACACAGGUGACGAGGGUGUCUAACAGACUGGUGAGUGACGCUGUGAGAGAUCUCUGUGACAAUGGAGAGGAGGCAGCAUCUUGGAUGCCCAGUAGUUCGUAAAGACCUGGGAUGAUGAUCUGCAUCAGCUUGUCCGAUAAAAACUGGACAAUCCUCAGACACAAGCCGGCAAGCUGUUGUUUUGUCAGCUGUAUUCCAGAAACAGAAGAUGUGUUUGAAAAUGUUGCAUAGUGCGUCUUUCAAAAGCUUAUUUAUUUAUUAACUUGUCCGGUGGCCAUUUGAUUAAUUGUUCAGCAGUCUUAUGACUUGGGGUUAGAAGCUGUUAUUGGUUUACCCUAACAAGUCCUGAAACAAAUCAUGAGCCAACUAUCAUGCUUAAGAAGGUAUAUAGUGUCAGUCUUAUUGGUUCACCAAUAGUUGUUUCAUUAUGGGGAGAGGAUAGGAUGUAAGGGCGCUUCAUUAAUGUAUUGAGGCCAUUACAUAUACAGUAUUUCACAAUGCUAGGACACAGAUUUGGUCUCCUAACCUUGUUCUGGUUGAUUGACUCUCUAACAGUGCCUUCACACAGAGACCAUGGUUGCAGCAGCUGAAUGUAGCGCGGACUCUGUCCAGGAGGAGUGCUCAGCACAUUGGGUAGACACCAGGAUCCUGGUCAUUAGGCAGAUUAAACAUACUGAAACAAGGAGGGACAACCUGGAAUUGUCCAAAAAGGAACUCUUAUUUGAGUUUUUAUUUAUAUUUUUUACAGUGAACAAGAUGAGACUUUGGAACGGAUGAUGCCUGAAACAAU